UGCUGCUGCUGCGUGCCGGGCGGACAGGGCCGAAGCCGCUGGGCUUUGGGUGACACCGGAUGACAAGAGUGCGGCUCGGGAGAUGGAUAAAAACAGGAUGCGUGAUGGAGAAGACACCAGCUGGAGCCAAAAGGGAUCCGAGCGCAUUAACACCGAGUUGAACAAUCCCACUGAUGAUGAUACAACGGUCUGAUCCACGUCGUUCCUCGGUGGGAUUUAAAUGCCACUGAGCGCGGCUACUAAACACGGAUGAAGGGCCUCGCCUCUCGACCCUUUAAAAACACAUCAAAUAAAUAUUUUUAUGAAUUUUGACUUCAAAGUAGCACAAUUUACCUUGACUCAUGUCGAUAUUGAAUAUAGGUCAAUGUGAAAUGGCAGGGGUUAAUUAAAGUUGUGGCUAAAUGAACAAUAACGACUCAGGGGGGAGAUCUUAACUUGCUGUCUUUUGAGGCGGCUGUUGUUGAACGCUUUCGAACAAAUAAACUAAAAACUAUUUAAAGGGGAUUUAAAAGUGAAACGCUGUGUCUUUUCUUUCGGUGGCUGAUUUGAGAGACUGCGUGCCGCUGCAGGGUCGGGGCAGAGCCCCUUGGUGCCAUGGAGGGUCUGUGAGCAGCAACAGCGCGCGGCUGUGUGGAACCCUGCCUGUGCGUCACAUGAGUCAAGGUCCCAGCGGAGCAGCCCGACAGCUCCAACAGCUCCAACGGCUCCAACGGCUCCGAGGACUGACUCGCUGUGCUGCCCGGACACUUCGUCCCUUCCUUUAAAAGUGGCCGUGGCACACACGAGGUUGGCCGGUGAUCGGUGCGUUAUGGAGGCAGAGGCGCAACAACUUUUCCAGAAAGGGCCCCGUUGAUAAGGAGCAGAGAGUCCAACCGGGACUUGAGAAGGAGGAACGCUUGUGGGGGGCCAGCAAAUACUCGCCUAUCAUCAGUCAACGUAAAGCCAACUCCGCCUCUUCUGCUGUUACGCACAUGUAUGCAGGCUUCCUGGCCAACGACUAAACAUUCACCAAACAGACUACUGUGCAGGAAAAGCGCUUCUCCAUGACGCCCGGUCGGAUUCUAUAAAGCAAAGCGCUGUGUUUUCAUUUUUUUUCCCCCCUGCAAAAUAAAAGUCGUUUCAGCGUCAUAACUCCGCUGCUGCAGCAUCAACUUGGACCGCUGAGCCGCGAGGAGGGAGGAACGCUGACAGCUUUUUGGGGACAUAUCUUUUUGGUUCUUUCUGACUGUGUGAUGCGUUAGGCAGUGCCAGUCGCACUGAGAUGCGUCUUAUUCAGCAGUAAAAAGGAAGACAUUUGGCCAGUGCCCUGCAGACUGACAAAACCCUGAAACAUUACUCCCGGAGAGAAGGAAGCAUCGGGGAAUCCAUGCAGCGCGGCUUCCAUAGUUGGUAUGUUUAUUCAUCGUAAAUAGAAAGGACAAUAUUCAAAGAGCAAUUGGCGGUGAGAAAGAAGUAACAUCGUACCUGAGAGAAUUCUGAUUCCAGAAUCAAUCAGAGAAACGAAAUAUCCGCGCUUAUUUCUAAAUUAAUCAGCGUGUUAAUAUUGGGAGCUGCAGAGAUUCAGAUGACGGUUUCCAUUGGCAGAUGAGACGUAGUGUGGAGAACACGUGUCCAAUUUUUUCCUCAGAUUUUUUCCUCCCUAGUCUGGAUUUGCACUUGUCACGGCAAGAAAGGAAAACCUUUUUUUUUUUUUAAACAAGAAUUUUGAGUGGCGUAUUUGCGCACAUUGUUGCCUCUGAUGGACAUCUUGGGUUGCAGAUCCGAAGAGAACAGUUAUAAUAUCCUCUCCUCUGCGGCAACGAUGCUUUUCCAUGGCCUCCCUGGAGGCGACGUGCACGGCGUGGUGGAGGAAAUGGACCGGAGAGGAAAGAGCGAGUCAGCAGCCAUCAGCUCGAGCAUCGAUAUGGGGGAAACGGAGACGUCCGUGCCGUGUAUGAGCAGCGAGCGCGUGGCUCUGUGCGCGGGCUGUGGGAGGAAGAUCUCGGACCGCUACUACCUGCUGGCCGUGGACAAACAGUGGCACAUGCGCUGCCUCAAGUGCUGCGAGUGUAAACUCAACCUGGAGUCCGAGCUCACCUGCUUCAGCAAGGACGGCAGCAUCUACUGCAAGGAGGACUACUACAGAUUUUCGGUGCAGAGAUGCGCUCGGUGCCACCUGGGGAUCUCAGCCUCGGAGAUGGUGAUGCGGGCCCGAGACCUGGUCUACCACCUCAACUGCUUCACGUGCACCUCGUGCAGCAAGAUGCUCACCACCGGGGACCACUUUGGCAUGAAGGACAGUCUGGUGUACUGUCGGCUGCACUUUGAGACUCUCAUCCAGGGAGAAUAUCAGACUCACUUUAACCACGCGGAUGUGGUCCCGCACAAAGGCCUGGGCCCGGCCAACACGCUCGGACUAUCCUACUUCAACGGCGUGGGGACGGUGCAGAAAGGCCGGCCCAGGAAGAGGAAGAGCCCCGGGCCGGGCGCAGAGCUGGCGGCUUAUAACGCAGCGCUGAGCUGCAACGAGAACGACGGCGAGUCCAUGGACCGGGACUCACAGUACAGCUCCAGCCAGAAGACCAAGCGCAUGCGGACGUCCUUCAAGCACCACCAGCUGAGGACCAUGAAGUCCUACUUUGCCAUCAAUCACAACCCAGACGCCAAGGACCUCAAGCAGCUCGCCCAGAAGACCGGUCUCACCAAGCGGGUCUUGCAGGUCUGGUUCCAAAAUGCUCGGGCCAAAUUCAGGAGGAACCUGCUGCGGCAGGAGAGCACCGGAGGGGACAAGGCGUCGGACGGCUCCACGCUCCAGGGCGGGACGCCGUCGGGCCCGGCCUCCGAGAUCUCCAACGCUUCCAUGAGCCCCUCCAGCACCCCCACCACCCUGACAGACUUGACCAACCCCACCAUGCCCACCGUCACCUCCGUGCUCACCUCGGUGCCGGGGGGCAUGGAUGUCCACGAGUGCCGGAGCCCGUCACAGACCACGCUGACCAGCCUCUUCUGAUGGCCGGAGAGCACCGCUCCCCACCCCCACCCCCCGCCUCACCCCGUCACCUCUGCUCCACCCUACUGGAUCUAGAACUGUUUCCUCCUUUGAAUAGAAAAGAGAAGGUAACGGACGCAUUGAGAAAAGAUAUCAUUUGGCUGCGAGCGCCUGAGAGACUAUCGGCAUAGCGAGGCGGCCGGGCCUUAAAGUCGGAGCAGUUGACGUUAUUUUGAUGUUGUUGUCUUUUGAGAACUGAGGAGGCUUGAUUUGCAUUUUUCAAUGUUUACAGAAAGAGGCUGCGGGAAAAAAGAAACUGCUUAAUUUUGAACUCAUUCAUUUUUCCAGCACAGUAUUUAUGUUGUUGUACAAGAGUCACUGUUAGAAGGAUUGUAACGAAUCUUUUUUGAAAAAUGUGAGAUUAAACACAGGUUACAAUAUCCACCGAGUGCCAUGUGCCUUACAGUCCUUCCGCUCUGAACUCCUCUCACAAGUUGAGCCCGAUCAGACAGCGACGUUAACGUUGGGAGAGUGUGUGCUUGUGUGCGCGUGUGUGUGUGUGCUUUGUUUUGCCCCAUUUAGUUUGUGUGUCUGCACAUCUGUAGUUUAUUGCUAAACAUUCCACUUAAAUUUCAAAUGGUGAGUGGUGAAAUCUGAAGAGGUAAUUAUGAAUAAUAGAGAAUUUAUUGACUCCACUUUGACCAAUCUUAAGGUAUUUACACACCGCAAGCGUUUUUUUUUUGCAUUUGUAGCGCACAACAUAUUUUAACGACAUAAUUUAUGUUGCUUUUGUCAUGAAAACUUUAUAACACAAAAUUUAGCAGCAUAUUUUGUUUUUACCGAAUUAGUUUUCUUUUUGUUCAGCUUUUGCUAAACAAAUAAAGACAUGAACUCA